CUCGAUCCCAUAUUUUGAGGUUGAACAGCCAUUUUGGGAAGUUCUCUUUGCAUGCUUUUCUUUGCAGCCGCUCGAGGCCCUCGUCCGUUGAACUGGUCGCUGGCAAAAAGCACCCACGCACAUCUCUUCACCCGUCUUGUCCUCCCGGCUGGGCCCAUCACAAGCAGUUUGAGAACGCUAUCCGCCUGCGCCGGUAGCCCUGAAACGGUGGCUCGUUGGUAAACGGGAUGAGAUUCAUGGGCCGCGUUGCGUGCGGUUCAGAAGCGGCUCAGCGAAGUGGUUCAGAGAAGGUUAAGC